GAUUGCUUCUGUGCAAGCCAGCUUGUCUUGGGACUGGCAUUGUCUUUCUUAGCUCUGGUCUCAUGUGCACUACAAAAGCUCCAUUUCAGCAGGUCUCUCUUUCCUUAAGCCAGAGAAGAAAGAGCAAAUAAUGUUUUUUUUUUUUUUUUUGGUACAUAGAGCAAAUCUUGUUUCCUCUUCUGCUGUGGCAAGUAGUCUACUUUGUAUCUACUUUGAAGGAUCUCCUUUAUUUCGACUCUUUUUCUAGAUUUGAUUCUGCCUACCUUUUUCUGUGCUCGUCUCAUUUGUUCAAUUACUUGCUAUUUUGCACUGAAAGAAUUAAUCUUGCUUUUGCAUUCCCUGUUGAUCUGCAUUACCAUCAACAUUAAAUCUGCAGUCAGUCCGAUCUAGAGUCUAAACUGGGUUUAUAUAUUUGGAGUUUUCCUUGCUACUCUUCUCUUUGUCCACAUUCUUCUGAAGGUAAUCUUCAAUAUCAGCAAAAGGGUAUUCUUGAUGAAUCUUUUUCUCAAUAUCAGCAAAAGGGUAUUCUUGAUGAAUCUUUCACUAAGAUUUUCCCUUUUACUAUCAUCAUGUCUUUUAAAAUGUGCCCAUGAACGGUAGUGUGGAUGCUGUUUCGUUGGAACAACAACUAGUCUAAUAGCCAAAGCACUCAAGAAGGUGAUUACUUGUUCUAUCUCAACAAACCAUGGAAGAGAGUUUUGUACCAUUUAGAGGGAUCAAGAAUGAUCUUCGAGGGAGAUUGAUGUGCUACAAGCAAGACUGGACUGGUGGUUUCAGGGCAGGCUUCAGGAUUUUGGCCCCUACAACAUACAUAUUUUUUGCGUCAGCAAUUCCAGUUAUUUCAUUCGGAGAACAGCUGGACAGAGACACAGAUGGGGUUCUCACAGCUGUUCAAACUCUAGCCUCCACUGCAUUAUGUGGAAUUAUACACUCCAUCAUCGGAGGCCAGCCAUUGCUGAUCCUUGGAGUGGCAGAGCCAACCGUAAUUAUGUAUACAUUUAUGUUUAAAUUUGCUAAAAGUAGGCCAGAUUUGGGAUCAAAGCUCUUCCUGGCAUGGACUGGAUGGGUAUGUGUGUGGACUGCAGUCUUGUUGUUCCUUUUGGCUAUCUUAGGAGCUUGCUCCAUCAUCAAUAGGUUUACUCGUGUGGCUGGAGAGUUGUUUGGACUUCUGAUUGCAAUGCUUUUCAUGCAAGAAGCUAUCAGAGGACUUGUUCAUGAGUUUGGCAUACCUGGAAGGGAAAAUCCAAAUGCAAUUGAGUUUCAAUCUUCAUGGAGAUUUGCAAAUGGGAUGUUUGCUUUGGUUUUAUCAUUUGGCCUUUUGCUUACUGCAUUAAGAAGUCGAAAAGCAAGAUCUUGGAGGUAUGGAUCUGGGUGGCUGCGAGGCUUUAUAGCAGAUUAUGGUGUGCCAUUGAUGGUUCUGGUCUGGACAGCAGUUUCUUAUACACCAGCAGGAAGUAUUCCAAAGGGAAUUCCAAGGCGCCUCUUUAGCCCAAAUCCAUGGUCACCUGGUGCUUAUGAAAAUUGGACUGUUGUUAAGGACAUGUUAAAUGUUCCAGUGCUUUAUAUCAUUGGAGCUUUCAUUCCAGCAACAAUGAUAGCAGUUCUGUAUUAUUUUGAUCACAGUGUGGCAUCUCAGCUUGCUCAGCAGAAGGAAUUCAAUUUGAAGAAACCACCUUCUUUCCAUUAUGAUCUGUUACUCUUGGGGUUUUUGACAAUAUUAUGCGGCCUUAUUGGCAUCCCUCCAGCAAAUGGUGUUAUUCCACAAUCUCCCAUGCAUACUAAAAGCUUAGCUACACUGAAGCACCAGCUACUUCGGAAUAAACUUGUGGCAGCAGCACGUAAAUGUAUGCGUAGGAAUGCUAGCCUAGGAGAGGUGUAUGGAAGCAUGCAAGAAGCCUAUCAGCAUAUGCAGAGCCCACUGAUUCACCAGGAAUCUUCUGCUCAGGGCCUGAAGGAAUUGAAAGAGUCCACUAUUCAGAUGGCUUCUAACAUGGGCGAUGCUCCACUUGACGAAACUGUAUUUGAUGUUGAGAAGGAAAUUGAUGAUUUGUUGCCUGUAGAGGUAAAAGAACAGCGGGUUAGUAACUUGCUUCAAGCUAUAAUGGUGGGAGCUUGUGUUGCGGCUAUGCCUUUUAUUAAAAUGAUCCCAACCUCAGUGCUCUGGGGAUAUUUUGCUUUCAUGGCCAUUGAAAGCUUGCCUGGUAACCAGUUUUGGGAGCGGAUAUUGUUGCUCUUCACAGCACCAAGCAGAAGAUACAAGGUACUGGAGGACUACCAUGCUACAUUUGUGGAAACUGUACCUUUCAAGACAAUUGCAGUAUUUACAAUUUUCCAGACUGCCUACUUGCUUGUCUGUUUUGGAAUUACAUGGGUUCCAAUUGCUGGGGUUCUUUUCCCACUGAUGAUCAUGCUUCUGGUUCCUGUGAGACAAUACAUUCUGCCCAAGUUUUUCAAAGGAGCACACCUCCAAGAUCUGGAUGCUGCUGAGUAUGAAGAAGCUCCAGCCUUAUCCUUCAACCUAACUGAAUCGGAGCUAGUUAGUAGGACUGGUUCAUUUGCAGAUGAUGGGGAGAUUUUAGAUGGAAUGGUUACUCGCAGCCGGGGUGAAAUCCGGCGUGUAUGCAGUCUUAAGAUGGCAAGCGGCACUGCAACACCAUCUAUUCAGAGUCCCCGCUUCUCGGAAAAGGAGGACUGCAGCAGCCCCCAUGGGGUGAUUACUCGCAGCCGGGGUGAAAUUCGGCGCAUAUGCAGUCUGAACAAGAUUGUAGUUGGCACUGCAUCACCAUCCCUCCAGAGUCACCACUCCUUCGAAAAGGAGGAGUGCAGCCCCCGGAUAAGCGAGUUGAGAGGGGAGCAAAGUCCUCGUAAUGUUCCAAGACGGCCAAUCAGUCCAAGAACUACCGAACCAAGACCAUCAAACUUAGGAAAGACUGGUUAGAAAUUAAUCUUUAUAAUUCAUUAAGAACGUUGCUAGGGUUUGUUAUAAAAUUGCCGAGAAGAGACAGCUUAGGAAGAUCUAGUUUAAUUAUUGUCUUCAAGUUCCAAACACUGCUUGUGAAUUCAGAUCACGAAAAUGCUACAGUUACAAUAUCACUUAGCAUUAUAAACUAUGUUGUGUGGGAAGGUGUGAUAAUAGCCAUUAAUUUUUAGUU